AACUGACUCCAACGAUGCCACCCGAACUGCAGGAGCUUUACUCCCUCUACCAGAUGGAACUGCAGUACACCAGCAACGACAGAGAUGUCAGAUACAUGAAUGAUAUCAACCAGCUCUUAAGAUCGUCGUCCAUGCAGUCGCUGAGGGCACCCUCGUACGAAAGACUUCCUCCCAUCAACAGCCCCAACAACAAAGAACCGGAAAAACUCUUCGACAAGCUUCAACGCCGGCACAGCUUCGGCGACGAAAGGAGACCUGAGAGCGUCUUGAGCCUCCGAAGUCCCCUGAGUCUUCCAGUGCCACCCUUCUUCAGUUCGGCGUCAUCCUCUGCCCCUGGUACGGCCGGUUCCCGCGUUCCCUCCCUGCCGCCCAUAUCUGGUGCCCUUCCUAGCAAUUCACCCGAUCCAGAUCCGUCUGAGCUACGACACGGCCUCAAGAACAUCAGCUCCAUCAUUGCCAGACGCCGCGGCUCCCAAGGACUCACGCCCAUCAACCGCCACUCCUCCGUCGACGCCAUCGAUGACAUCAAGGACUCUCCGGAUUCGCCCGGACUCCCCAACACAAUCAGGAGAAGAUCCCUGGCAUGCCCCAGCGAUGAUAACUUGUCUGUGGCCAGCCUUCACCUGGAGAGCCCCUCCACCAGAGCUAGACCAAUCAAGAAGCCUCCGGUGCGUCGUUCGAGUUUGGCGGCCUUGGCCCUCCCCCCCGCCCGCCGCCGCCGAGUCGGAUCUGCGUCUUCGAGCGAGGGCGACGCUUCCGGCCUCCGGUCGCCUAAGGUUGCGGCGAAGGCCGGUGCCAAAGCCCCCCUACGACGGAGGGGCAACAGCCUCACGCGCCUCGACAAGAAGGCAACUACACCAGGUAUAUGGACUUCCUCUACUCCGGAUAAAACCAAACCCCGCAGAGGACGUGCCAAAUCCCCGGAUGUACUUGGCCAAGUGGGAUUUGCGUUGCAUUAUUAGCGUAGAAAAACGUCGUGAAAAGGAUCCACCAGACUCCUCUUUGGGCCUGGCUUCAGAGCGGAUGCUGCUGAUCGGCCGUCAUCUCAUACUUCUUUCCAAUCAUAAACAAGACGUCAUGGAUACUGUUGAGGGGGGGGGCC